CUAGUUUUCUAUUUAUAUAUAUAUAAAAAAUACAAUUAUGCAUAAAUCCACUUACUGAAUCAAACACAGCAACUUUCAAUAUAACAAAUAAAUUGAAGCAACUAUGGCUUUUACAGGCAUUGUUAGUGAUAAACUGAAUGAAGAAAACUACGAGAAUUGGAAGGAAUGUCUGGAAAGCUAUUUGAAAUCGCAGGGGCUUUGGGGCAUAGUGAGUGGAGAAGAAAAGGAACCACCACAAAGUGAUAAAAACCAAUACGAUCUGUGGGUGAAAAACAAUGCCAAGGCAUUGCAUGCCUUACAAAUCUCAUGCGGGGCUCACAGUAUUGCCAAAUUCGGAGGUAACCAAUCAGCCAAAUACCAGUGGGAUCGGUUGGCAGAAAAGUUUCCCCCCCACUGCCACAAGGCAGUGGCUGCUUGCUCCGUCAAGGUAAUUAAAUUCUCUAUAUAUGGUUUUCUAUUUAUUAUUGUUCAUGCUGAAAACAUCAUACAAAUCUAAUUUUGUUAUCUUUUAGUGUCUUUGCACAUAAGAGCAAUAUAUCCUAAAAUUUUUAUCUCCAACUCUGAAAAAAAGUAGGUAAAACUAUGACAAUUGAAGAACUUUAUAUAUGAAGAUACUUGAAUAAUAAUAAAGAGAGUUGGGUUCAAGUCCCCUGUUCGUUGAUUUUGCCUGUUUAAUCCAAUCAUUCGAGAGACUUUAUCUAGAUUCGAAGAUAAAACGGUGGGCCGCUAUUCAAUGGUCACUCGGCACAUAAAAAACAAAACCUGAUUUGCGUGAUGUUUAGCGAAUCAAUAAUUAUAAUAAUAGCAAACAAUAGAAAUACGAUAUACAUUGCAAUGCAGGGGAAUCAAAUGUCUUCCAAUACGAUAAGCUAUACCGGAAAAUCGAAAAAGGUAAAGUGGAGGAAGUAAAAGAGUUCCUUCGUGAAAACCCUAACGCCCUGACAGAAAAGAUUACACUGAAAGAUGACACGGCGCUUCACGUGGCGGUUCUGGCUGGAAGAACGGACAUUGUGAAGGUAUUGGUGGAGAUGAUGGGAAAAGAGGAGCUGGAAAUGAAAAACGACAUGGGGGAGACAGCCUUUUCCAUUGCUACCAUCAACGAAUCCCGGAAGAUGGUGGAGGACAUGGUGGAGAAGAACAGCAACUUGCUGACGCUGAAGAAUCGGUAUGGGGCGAUCCCAGUGGUUGUGGCUUCGUUGUUCAGUGCCAAAGAAAUGGUUCGUUAUCUUUACCAAAUUACACCAAAGGAAAUACUGAAUCCAGAAACUGAAGAUCGAAGCGGUGCCACACUACUCAAUUCCCUCAUCGCUGAUGGCAUUUUUGAUUUAGCGAUAAGUUUGGUGAAAACAUAUCCAAAACUUGGGGUUACAGAAGAUAUAAACAAUAAUUACGCCAUUAAGCUGUUGGCCCAUAAACCAUCGGCAUUCAUGAGCAGUAAGAGUUUCGUCUUCUGGAAACGUUGGAUCUAUGACUCUUGUAUAAAGAUAUCAAACAGAGAAUUAGAAGGUGAGAAAAUAAGCAAGGGUGAGUUAAGGAGAGAUUUAGAGAGCAAUACAAUGCAGCAUCAGCGUCCAAGUGAUGUGCGUGGUUCGCUAAUGAAUUUUAUUUGGAAGCUUACAAAACGGUUUGAAUUUAAGCACAUUCAUGAUGCAAAGUUACAACAUGAUCAAGCUGUGGAACUCCUUAAAUGCAUAUUUAAAGAGAUACCAAAGCUCAGCAACCGGCAGCUGGAAACAAUUGGAUUGGAUAAAGCAAUCUAUGAUGCAAUCAAGCAUGGCAUGUUUGAAUUUAUUGAUGAAAUUAUAGAACUAUAUCCUGAAAUCAUAUGGAGGAAAGAUAAGAAGGGUCGUACCCUUUUUGCAAACGCCAUUGUUCUACGUCAAGAGAAGAUCUUCAACCAUGUCUUCAGAUUGGGGGAAAAGCAGCGUAUAACAUUGCUUCGACAUGAUAUCUUUCGUAAUAAUUUCUUACACCUGGCUGCCAAGUUGUCCCCUCCUUCUCGACUUGAUCAUAUCUCUGGUGCAGCUCUGCAAAUGCAAAGAGAACUACAAUGGUUUGAGGAGUUGAGGAGGAUUCUACCACCAAAAUUUGAGGAAGAAUUGAACGAAAACAAUAGAACGCCAGCGUCAUUAUUUUCUCAUGAGCACAAGGAGCUGAUGAAAGAAGGGGAGAAGUGGAUGAAGAACAACGCAGCAUCCUGCAUGGUGGUAGCUACUCUCAUUUCCGCCGUCAUGUUCACGUCGGCUUUCACUGUUCCGGGUGGCAUCGACGAAAAAACAGGGUCCCCCAUCUUCCUACGAUCCAAUGCUUUCCUGGUUUUCGUCAUCGCCAAUUCUCUCUCGCUUUUUUCUUCCUCCACUUCGGUUCUAGUGUUCCUGGGAGUGUUAACGUCUCACUACGCCGAGAAAGACUUCCUCCAAUCCUUACCGGUGAAAUCCAUACUCGGUCUCUUCACUCUUUUCUUCUCUAUUGUGACCAUGAUGGUUGCCUUUGGCUCCGCCAUUUUCAUCACCCUCCAGGAACGGCUGGCUUGGGUUUCAAUUCCGGUCAUCAUUCUUUCAACCGUUCCCAUUGCUUUCUUUACAUUGUUGCAGUUCCCUCUCUUGAUUGAAAUGCUGGUUUCUACCUACUGUUGUCGCAUCUUUGAUAUUCCCCAAACCAAACUUAAGUAGUUUAGGGAUCCAUGAAUAAUCCCCUAUUUUGUGAUUUGAUUCAGGUAUUGCUGCUCUGCUUGUUUGCAUAUGAACAAUCACUCUAUUUAUAUUCGUCAUUGAACUGUUUUCUAAAA